AUGCAACCCAAAUCCAUAGCAUUACUUCAAAAAAUUGACACCACUGUGGAACAGUUGAUCAAUAAAUUUCUGAACAUUUUCGAAGUUGCGAUUAUCAGUGAUAAGUCUAAAGAGCUCCAGGCCAUUGAAUCCUUGACCAUAGAAGCUGAUGCUCUGACAAUAAUUAGGCUAUGUGAAGAAUUGCUUACAAUUACUCGUGGGUUAAAGGAAACAUGGUGUUUGGGAACACUAAAAGUUAAACAGGGAAAUGUAAGUGAAGACCUAGAAGAUGGUGAGGAGUUGAAGUUGGCACAUGAAAAAUUCAACGAAUUGACGGCAAAAAUAGCCCAGUUUGAACAAACAGCGUAA